AUGCGGCAGCCGCUCACCCGUUUGCUUGGCUCCCUUAGAGCAACUACUGCCAGAGACUAUGGUGGUGGGGGGUGCAGCCACAGCCACAGCCACAGCCACAGCCACAGUCACAGUCACAGCCACAGCCACAGCCACCACAAUCAUUCGGUAACGUCGGCGGUAAAGGGGAAGCGUCUGCGGCAAUGUCAGUUUGUCACCGCCGUUGGUGGAGCCACCAACGUUUUUUUCUCCUUGACGAAGCUGUGGAUCGGCGCGCGAGGCGGUUCAGUGGCGCUUGUCGCCGAUGGGUUUCAUGCGGUUGUUGAUCUUCUUGCAGACGUCACAUCGUAUGCCACAGUAACGCUUUCGGCGAAGCGGUUCCCGCGGUGUCGUUUUCCAUUUGGUAUUGGCCGGAUUGAAACCGUCGGCGCCGUUUUGGUGGCCUUUAUUUUGCUCGUGGGGGGACUGAUGCUCCUCCUUCAAUCGUUGGAUGAGUGUCAGCGGGAGUUGUCUCACCGCGCGUUUGGCGACGGCAACGCAACUUCUAUUGACCUCCUCCAUCACGGUCACAGCCAUUUACACGACACAGGGAACCAGCAGACCGCAGGUGGUGUGCGGGACCACCACGGUCACUCGCACUUCCAAGUCACGGAGAUGGAUGACGAGGGUCGAGUGAGGAUUCUGUGGACAAUGGUAUUCGUGUCGGUAGCCUCCAUUGUUUUGAAGGAGCUCCUCUUCCGUUGGACAAAGCGUGUGGGUGAGCGGGCGGGGUCACGCGUUGUUGUCGCGAAUGCGUUUCACCACCGCGCCGAUGCGUGGUCCGGCGCAAUUGUACUUGUUGGGGUGGGGGGGCACUGCGUCGGUAUGCCGGGUAUCGACGGCUUGGCUGGCCUCUGCGUCUCGUACGGUAUCUGUCGCAUGGGGUACGAUCUCCUGCGCGGCAGCGUCCUCGAGUUCUUUGACUUUCAGUCCGCCGACGAGGUGACGCCGGUGCGGUGUGUACUGAAGCAGUAUAACAAGAUACCGCUAGUCAAUACAUUUAUCAUUCGCCAUGGACAUUCCUCCGCGCUACACCUCACUCUCCUUGUUAACGCCGAGACGACGGCGGCUUCCGUCGCCGCCGCCGCAUCUGAGCUCACGGCCCUGGCCAACCACAGCGUUGCGGUGAGAGACACAUACACGGCACUCUUCGUCUACGACAAGGACAGCGAGGCAUCGCUGCUGGAGGCUCUGAAGCUGGUGCAGGAAUUUUACGGGCUGGAGCCCAACACAUGCGGUUUGGAGGAGAAGCGGAUUGUCAUUCGCCGCGCGUUAAAUAACGCGUGCAUGGAAGACAUAAGCACUGUGGCGUCUCUCUUUGGACUGGAGGUCAUUGUCUCGGAGGAGGAUUCUCAUUGGGUAAAACAAAAUGGGGCGCGUCAGACCGUAGUAAAAAAAAAAAAGAAAAAAAAAGAACUUCUACACCAACAUUAA